UCUGCGAGCUAAGCAUAGACCAGGCCAGGCCGAAACACUUCAGCAUUAUGCGCUGUGGCCUCGACCCAACAGCAUGUCAAAGGUGUAAAGCCAAGGCAGGACAUGUUAUCGUGCAACGGUGAAAUAGUACUUUUUUUUUUUUGUUUUUUAUAUAUUUUUCCUGUGCGCUGGCAAGGACACAAAUACACAUCGGGCUUUCUCACUCAAGUCUGCCUUCAACUGCUGUUCGACCGGACACCGCUUACGUACAGCUCAGUCAGGACCAUAAACUGGCUUCCCUCCCUCUCUCUUGAAGACGGCCAACGCAAAGAGCAAGAAGAAAACUUGCAAGAUUUUUGUCGAUGACGCAGACUACCGCAGCCCACGAAAAUUCAAAUGUUCGCAGCAGCAGCUGGAUAGUCUUAGCGUGUGAUCCUUUUGUGCUGAAAUGAGCAAGGCUAAUGGCGAAAGAAUGGGCCAAAGCCUAAAUUACCAAAGCUACCUGGCCAAGUACGUGUGGUAUCUGAUCAGGUGUCCGACGAAAGGUCGACCGAGAGACUGCGUUCAUCCAUGUCCCCGAUAUAUCCAUUCGGGACAAUGCAAACCGUGCACCCAAUUUGUCGAACUAGAAUGCUAUUGCGAGGCGACUGGUAUCGUGAAGCCAUGCAAAGAGUGGUGUGACAUGGGAGAGGAGCAGAAACAACUGGUGAAGUGCUGUCGAGUACGUUGUGCCAAAAUCAUGGAGUGUGGCCAUCAAUGUCCAUUGAUCUGUCAUCCUGGACGAUGCGCAGAUUCAUAUCAGUGUGUGGAGAACGUCAUGCGAUACUGUAAUUGUGAACGCAUCGAGCGAGUAUUCCCUUGUCGGGGAAGGGGAGCCAAAGAUCAAAUGGUACAGUGUGAUCACGUCUGUGCCCAAUUGCUUAAAACAUAUAAACAGGCGAUUGCGGAAAUGAAAAAUAAUCCCGUCAAACUUACGAAAGGACUCCAAGAAGCAGACGGCAAUGGUAGUACCGCUAACGCCAAGAUCUGCACAGAAAACGCCGCCGUCGAAGAAAUAAAGCGUAUACUCACAGGUGUAUCAUUAUCACACGAUGCAAAACACGAACCACAAUCGGAGAGUGGCUUCAACGCAGAUAAGACAGAAGGUGACGAUCAGACCGAGGCGGAUGCCAAGGGCCAACAACCUCAUACUGAGGAGGCAACUGCAGUUCAGGAUGAAGCGGAAAUAUGCACUGGUGAGGACACGGAUAAUAUGGAACCUGAAAUAGUCUCCGCCGAGCAAAAGGCUGAGUCCGAUAAUUUGAAUCUCGUCAAUAAUUAUGACGGGGAAAUGUGCGAAAGUCCACACUCGGAAGAAUCGUCCCGACGGUCAAUUCAACGCGCUUCUAGAUCCUCUAGCAGAAUGAGCAGUUACAGCGAAGAGGACAUGCCCCGCCGACUCGACGAAGAAAAAAUAGUCAAAAUCAUGCGGUCAUCGACGCGCAGAAAGAAACUUAUUGAGUGUGACCAGGACAUCAUUAAUGAAAUGCAGUCGUCGAAAGCAGAAAUCUGACUGUGUUUGUCGAUUAAGCACGACACGAAUAACUGAAUAUGAAAUAAUGUUUGUACAGUUAUAUUACAAGAUGGUAAUGCUGACAGGCCGUCCAUUCAUCGUUUACGAUAAAGAAGAUAAGGACGCUUUUUCUGUCCGACGGGUGAUCAUCUGUUGCACUUUGUGUUUCGCUUGCACUCCUCUUUCGCACAUUCGCGAAUGGUGCAUGUAGAUGACGGAUUAGAUAGUAAAAAGUUAGAUAUUUAUAUGAGAAUGUUACGGUAGUGGCAGUAUCGCUUUAUAAAAUAAGAUAUUUUUGCCUAAUCAGCCUCGCUGCCUUCCAACCACUAGUUUAGUCAAUGUUCACGAUAAGGUCAUUUUUUCUACCGUUUUUAAAAUUUGGCUCAUUGACGGUAUGGACAGUGCAGGUCGUAGCAGUAGGCGGCGUUGUAACACUUGGAUCAGCUGUAAGCCCUACGGUUUCACUGGCGCGGAACGAUUCUGGAAUUGGCAACAAACAAUGGUCUGCUUCUUCUACGUUGCUUCGUCGUCCCACUCCCACUUCUGAUACAUGCCUUAGACACAGAUCUGGCUGGACGGGUGACUUGCUGCGGCCGGAACUGCGAUAGUCAUUCGGUGGAUAUCACGUUUAACGAGGUUUAGCAGCUCAAUCAAGGUGUACGACACAACGAUCGUUUGGGUGACCAACAGAUGGAAGCGCCAUGGUAUGCUAUAAACACACUAACAAGCAUCUAUUGUCUCCGACAACGAGGUCGAUGCGUAGAACGCCGACUCACUGGUACCGCUUGGCAUGGUAACGGAGAUCCGCACUCCGUGGGCUGCUAAUUUAUUGCUUUAUAUGAGCUUUCAGUCAAACCAACAACAUAUUCUCUACUCGGUGUUUCGUCAAAGAUUGAAUGGUCGUUGGACGUUUUCAGCGUUUCGAAACCAAAAUGACAGUACCCGAUUCAGUCAUUAAUUAUAACGAUAAUAAAGGUAAUUCUAUUCUAGUCGACUAUCUCUUCCUUGUGCAGAUGGCGAUUUUCGAAAUGGUUUUUUUAAUCUAAAGACGAGGAUAACGUCGAACAUUUUCCGCUUCGUAAAAUCCGCUCACGCGACGGAAUCGUACUCAUAAAAACAAAAUACAACGGCAUGUUGUUCACAUAUUAGGUACACGUACGCGUCAAAUAAAUAAAAACACAUUCGAAUAAUAUAAUUAAUUUCAGUGCAUUUGGACGCGAAAAAUGGUUUUCCAGCAGAAAAUGUUUAAAUUUCUAAAAAAGAAAAGUAAAAGGUACACGAAGCAGAUUCAAUUAUGACAAUGUACAGGGCGAGCAGUGUAUAACAAUGCCAUUCUCAGUUUUGCACGUAUAUGAUACUCGUCGUAGGCGAGGAUUUAAAAUAACGCAUUUUUAUUCAGUUCUGAAAAAAUGUUUCUACGUAAAGACUAAUAUAAAAAAAAAGGAUAUGUGGAGGACAUUUAUCCGAUGCCUUUAUCUGCAUCUGAAUCAGGAUUCAUCAGAGUUUAAGUAACGAGCGAGAUCUAAUAGUCUCCGUCUACCGACACUGAACUUCACAGGUGUUAUUUACGAUCGUUGAUGGCAUUCAUUAUGCUUUACUUUAUACAUAUCCUUAAUCUUUUGCAAUUAAAGGUUUCAAUCAAAACCUUCUAGCCUAUAACGGUAGCUCUAUGAGAAUAACGGCAUAAACAGUAAAUUACCAGUUUUCUUCAUUUCCUGCCAUACCAAUGUUUAAUUCGGACGGAGAAUAUUAUGUAGAUGCUACAGGUAAGGGAGAAGUAUGGAUUUUCGUAAUUGCUUUUUACGCCAUGAUUUUUCAAUUUAAUUUCUCACCACUUCAAUAGACAAACACCACAUCUUAUGUACAUAGAAAAUUCGUAAUUGUUCCGGCGUCAUAUUUUUUAGAUUUACGAUAACUUUCC